AUGCAGCAAAGUCUCAGGACAUCAUGGCGGGCCCUGGAGCGCUCCUCGAUUCUAUCAACCUCUCGUUCCGGCAUCUCGUCAACACUGAGAUCGACACCCUCCAUUUUCUCAUCCAUAUCGAAUAAUUUGACAUCAACAACAUCACUCCCUCGCUCCACUAUCCUCUCCGUCCUCCAAAUCCGCCACGCCUCCCACGCAACCCAAGGUCGCGCCAACGCCAAAGCCCGCGAUCCCGCCGGCAAACGUCUCGGCGCCAAAAAGAGCGGCGAGCAAUACGUCGUUCCGGGUAACAUCAUCUUCAAACAACGCGGCACACUAUGGUUUCCUGGCGAGAACUGCGGAAUGGGUCGAGAUCACACCAUUUAUGCUACUGAGGCGGGCUAUGUGAAAUAUUAUCGGGACCCGGAGUUGCAUCCGAAGAGGAGGUAUAUUGGUGUUUCUUUCGAGAGGGAGGGCACGUUGCCGACGCCGCGGAAUGCGCCGACGAGGAGAAGGUUGAAUAUGAUUGCUGUACCGCGCGUGGAGCCUGUUGUUGAACAGCAGGGGGAUCUGCGUGCGGAUGUUGAAGGAGAUGGCACGAAGGUGUUUGAUGUCGAGAGUGCAUCCAAGUCUACCCUCCCACUUCGUCCAGGAUACAUGUACCGUGAAGCCAAUUGGCAGAUUGGAAGGGCCGGUGAUGAGGUUGCUGCCACUGCUGAAUCGUUUGAUCGCAAUAAUCGAUGGUUAGCAUGGAGAAAGAGACAGGCUCGUGCCCAGCGUGCUGCACAGAUGAAGAGUUUGAAGGGCAAGAAGAAGUCUGGCAAGAAGGCUGCCAAAAGGUGA